AUGCACCGCGGCGGACAGCCUUUGAAAAAGCGGCGCGGCUCGUUCAAGAUGGCGGAGCUCGACCAGUUGCCUGACGAGAGCUCUUCAGCAAAAGCCCUUGUCAGUUUAAAAGAGGGAAGCUUAUCUAACACAUGGAAUGAGAAGUAUAAUUCAUUACAGAAAACGCCUGUUUGGAAAGGCAGGAACACAGGUUCUGCUGUGGAAAUGCCUUUCAGAAAUUCAAAACGAAGUCGACUCUUUUCUGAUGAAGAUGACAGACAAAUAAAUACAAGGUCACCUAAAAGAAACCAGAGGGUUGCAAUGGUUCCACAGAAAUUUACAGCAACAAUGUCAACACCAGAUAAGAAAGCCUCACAGAAGAUUGGUUUUCGAUUACGUAACCUGCUCAAGCUUCCGAAAGCACAUAAAUGGUGCAUAUAUGAAUGGUUCUACUCAAAUAUUGAUAAACCACUUUUUGAAGGCGAUAAUGACUUUUGUGUAUGUCUAAAGGAAUCUUUUCCUAAUUUGAAGACAAGAAAGUUAACAAGAGUAGAAUGGGGAAAGAUCAGGCGGCUUAUGGGAAAACCACGGAGAUGUUCUUCUGCAUUUUUUGAGGAAGAAAGAUCAGCAUUAAAACAGAAACGGCAGAAAAUAAGGCUCUUACAACAAAGGAAAGUUGCAGAUGUUUCACAAUUUAAAGAUCUCCCAGAGGAAAUUCCUUUGCCCCUGGUUAUUGGAACCAAAGUAACAGCACGAUUACGUGGUGUUCAUGAUGGUCUGUUCAUUGGACAAAUAGAUGCUGUGGAUACUCUUAAUGCUACUUAUAGAGUAACUUUUGAUAGGACAGGGCUUGGAACCCAUACCAUCCCUGACUAUGAAGUUCUUAGUAAUGAACCUCAUGAGACGAUGCCAAUUGCUGCCUUUGGACAAAAACAACGACCCUCUCGAUUUUUCAUGACCCCACCACGGUUACAUUAUACUCCUCCUCUCCAGUCACCUAUUACGGAUAAUGAUCCUUUAUUAGGACAGUCGCCUUGGAGAAAUAAAAUUUCUGGCUCUGACACUGAAACAUUAGGUGGCUUUCCAGUAGAAUUCCUUAUCCAAGUGACUAAGUUAUCGAAAAUUCUCAUGAUUAAAAAGGAGCACAUCAAGAAAUUAAGAGAAAUGAAUACAGAAGCAGAAAAAUUGAAAUCAUAUUCCAUGCCCAUCAGCAUUGAAUUUCAGCGGAGAUAUGCAACCAUUGUUCUAGAACUUGAACAGCUGAACAAGGACCUAAACAAAGUUUUGCAUAAAGUUCAACAGUACUGCUAUGAGCUUGCUCCAGACCAGGGACUCCAGCCUGCAGAUCAGCCAACAGAUAUGAGACGAAGGUGUGAAGAAGAAGCACAGGAAAUUGUUCGACAUGCAAAUUCCUCAACAGGACAACCCUGUGUUGAAAAUGAAAAUCUUACAGACUUAAUCUCCAGACUUACAGCUAUUUUGUUACAAAUUAAGUGUCUAGCAGAAGGAGGAGACCUGAAUUCCUUUGAGUUCAAAUCACUUACAGAUUCAUUAAAUGAUAUCAAGAAUACAAUAGAUGCUUCUAAUAUCAGCUGCUUUCAGAAUAAUGUAGAAAUCCAUGUUGCACAUAUUCAGAGUGGCCUGAGCCAAAUGGGAAACUUACAUGCCUUUGCAGCCAAUAACACCAACAGAGACUGAGUAGAAGAUUUAAUUAUUCCAUCUGCGUAGGACAUUGUUUUUGAGAAGUUCUUUUCCUUUAUAUAGGCUUCCAACACCAAAUACCUAAUUGCUGGAAAACAAAGGAAAUUGAAGUCUCCAAAUAAGGCAUUUUAAUAUAUUGUACUGCUUCUUAAACCAACAUUACUGACCAGCAUUAUAUUUUUCUUUUUUAAUAUUCAGCUGCAGUAGCAUUGCUUACGUUACAUAUGUUUAUUAGCAAGUAUUUUUAAACUGAAAAUGUCUGAACACAUUAAUACAAUUUCAUGGAAGAAUAUGUUAACCAUUUUUUAAAUGUGUGUGAAAUCAACCCAGCGCAUGCAGACAACUACUGCAGUGGAGAAGAAGAAGAAAAAUGGUCAAUUUGUGCAUAUCAGUGGCAAUGUGGAAAUUCACCUAGGAAAUUACAAUGCCAGUUGAUUCAGUUGAUCAAAAUCUCAGUGUAAAAAGCUAACAUCAUGAGAUGUGGGAAGAAGCACUCUUUUUUAAGGAAGCCACUGGAAGAGAGAUGAGAAAUAAGGACUUUACAGGUGUAUGUGACAUAUACUUGCAAUGUGGCUCUACAGAUCAUUUUAUAAUUUUAAAUAUUUUAAUUUAUCAUAAUUUAUAAAAGAAACCUUUGUCGUUUGUUCAAACAUAAAAAAUGAAGGAACAGGAAACAAAGCAUUACUGCAGAAUGCUAAAUUUCAGCAAGUGGAUUUGGCAUGUCUUUUCCCGUCGAUUCAGGGCAAAAAAGUGUUAUUGUUAUGAGAUUUAUUAAAAAGAAAAAGACUGAUAACACACUAUUUUCAUAUUUUUUGUUUAUUUGCACAACUUGUAAGCCAGAUUACUGGUUAAAAUCCAACAGUACACAAUUUAUAAAGUUAAAAAGAUUUUUGUAAGGGAAACUGAUAACCAGUGCUAUCAAAUGCAGAAGAAAGGUUUGUUUAGGGUUUGUUUUGGGGGAUAGGGGCUGGAGGGUUGUUUUUUAAAGAAACCCCUGUCUAGAUUGUUAAUCUUGUAAAAUAUGUAUUUGGAAUUUUCUUUGUUUUAAUAUAGAAUAUAUAAAGUUGAAGUAUAAUGAAUUGUUUUCAGAUUUGGAGUUCAAGAAAUAACUGUAGAGGUGCUUUUGAUUCUUUCAGAUGUCUCAUAAAAUGGGGCUUUUUAUAUGUUAAUGUAAAAUAAAACUUAAAUAAGAUUAUUUUCCAUUUGAAAUUUUUGUAUAGUUUAAAAAUGCUUCUGUAUUCUUUGUUGGUAUUGUGCCACUGCAAAACUUUAGUGCAGAGUUUAUAUUUAGCUAAAUUGUUAUGUUAAUUAAGAAAUACAUAAAUCUUUUAUUCUUAUGAUAUUUGUAAUUCUAAAUAAAUUGAUCUAUGAAAAUUAA